AUGCUAACUGUUUCACCGCUAAGGUAUUUCGUGUACUUAAAAAUGAAUAAAACAAACAUGGCGCAUUUUAAACUUCGUUUCGUUUUAUUUCUUUUCGGAAUAGUGACCCCAUCAGAGUUGACUGAUAAAUUAGUUGUUAAAAUAAAAGACUAUGACUUUGGCCUUGUUGAAGUUUGCUUAAACCAGUUUGGAUUUAUUUAUUUUGACAAGAUUAUUGAUGGAAUAUACACGUUCGAGAAACCCAGUGGCAUCUCAGGUCAGCUUUCUUUACACCAGCUGCAAGAAAUCAAAAGACAUUGUAAUGGAAAGAUUGAAGACAUAGAACAAAGUCGCUACAUGUUUCCCGCAGUGCCGCAGAAGAAGCAUGCAGACGGGAAUCACAUGCAUUCAUCGGAGAUGCUAAAGUGCUCAUCCUUUUACCACAAAUAUAUGCGCGUUUUGGAAGCCUGGAAAAACGGUUACAGUGGCAGAAAUAUUAGAAUCGGGAUGAUCGAUGUUGGUUUUAUUCAUUCACCAUCUGUUCGACAACAUGUUCAUGUUUCCAUGUCACACGACUUUCAUCCCAAUCGCAGUAAAAGAAGAGGAAUCCCAACCGAACAUAUUUCUCAAGAAUUCUGCCUCUUUUGUGACGUAGGGGUUGCUUUUAACGCGCAGUACGCAGACCUGCAUAUUGGCGAUGUAGGAACUUCUGACCAUGCAGCAUUUACAGACGUGGAAACUUUUGCUAAAGCUUUAGUUUACAAGCAACACCUUAUUGAUAUUUAUGUAUGUGAAUGGACAUUCAACUUUGAACUAGACGAGUUUGAUUUUGCCAUACAAUCUGCAAUAAAGAGUGGAGUAAAAGAGGGUCGUCGUGGACUGGGGUCUGUUUAUGUUCUCCCAGCCGGAUACCCGGGUGAUGGUUUUCUCCACGACACAUACGUUAUUUCAGUAGGAUCAAUCGAUGAUUUCACCAAAGAUUUCAACGCAACUGCAAUUAAUUCAGCCACUCUCGUUUCGGUUUUUGUGGGAGACAGAGGAAGUGAACCGCCUUGCUUUGGACCACUAUCAGCACCUGGUAUUGUUGCGGGAAUGAUAGCAUUUAUGCUUGAAGCUAAGCCUCAGUUGUCAUUACGAGAUGUCAAACAUAUUCUGAUCGAGUCCUCAACGCAUAGAGGAUUGGUCAGUGCACAUGAGUUUGAACAGAACGGAGCAGGGAAAUCAUUUCACCCGGUAUUUGGAUUCGGAUAUCCGAAUGCAGUUAAAAUGGUGGAACUUGCCAAGUCAUGGAAAGAGCUUCCAACACAAUAUAUGUUGCAAUACAUUACUUCGACUAGAGAGUCCAAUUCCAGAGGCGAAACACUUGAGUUUGCAGUAAACUGCAAUAGAAAGUUAUGUAUCAAAGAAAUAGAGCAGAUUGUCGUCCAAGUGCGCAAUGUUACAUCCAACAAAGGCGCCCUCAUCCGGCUGAAAUCGCCAAUGGGUACCGUAUCGACUAUGUAUGUCUCGACUGCAAUUUCCAGCGAUAGGCAAUUUGUAUUAACGAAAAGAGAUUUCUUAUCAUCUCAUUUUUGGGGCGAGUGCAGUGUCGGAAAGUGGUCAUUGUCUUGCGAAGAAUGUCGGUUGUUGUCGGCUAAACUAGUGAUUCAUGGCAAAAAUGGUGGAUUGGACAAUAGUUACUUAUGUGAUUCAAUUCGGCUCGACGUUGUUACAGAUAAAAGUAUCGGAGAAACGGACAGUGAAACACUGCAUCUUUUUGGAUUGCUUUUGGCUGUGCCCUUUGUCAUUAUUCUGUUAUUUGCUUUAUAUAUCGUCAAAGUCGAAUUCCGCCAUGAAAUCAGGAAAAAAAUGUUUAUUUAUUUAAGGUUGAUUUUUGUAGAUAUUUUGGGAACAAAGGACAAUCUUACAUAUUCUUAAAUAAUGACAUAUGAGAAAAGGAAAAGUGCAAAAUGAAAUGAUUUUAACAUUAAUGCCUGUAAAGUAAUGGCAUUGAAAGUAUUUACUGUUCGUUUUUUAUCUUGAUUGUUUUACUUUUAUGUAUUUAUCAAAAUAGUAAUACAAGACGUACAUGAAAUAGUGACUUCAGAUAAUAAGAGUGUAAUGCCGAUUAUAUAAAUAAUAAUUAUAUGUAAAUACGCAUAAUCAGCGAAUCGUAACAUUACACACACACACACACACACACACACACACACACACACACACACACACACUAAA